AAAUCCUUUCCUCGUAUUUAUAAGAUUGCAAUUUAUAGAUAAUAAGCUACGGCGUUACUAAGAGUUUAUUUCGAAACAAAGAGGAUGUUUCUAAUUGUACCAUCCUUCUUAAAUUAAAUUUGUUGCACGGACGAAUGACGACGUCUUCGCCAGUCUAAAUCGAAGGUCGAGAAAAAUAAUUAUACGAAGGAAAUUGCUAGAAUCCAUAGCAAGGAGGACUUACGAGUUUAUAAAAAAUAUGCAAACACCGAGAAUUUCCUGGGAUAACGAGGAAAGAGGCGAGAGGUUAUUUUCGAGAAUAAAAGCAAUCAACAAGUGCACCAAGGGGGAGGAGAUGAAGCAAACCCCCGACAAAAAGCGCAAUUUCGUUCCGACGCGUACCCGUCGCUUCCGUCGACGCCCCGGUCAAAAUAUCGAUCGCGCGAACAGAUGGCGCUCCGGAAUGUCCGUCCCGAGCGAGAUCGGACGCGUCAUGUCGUCGACGAGACCGAAAUUCGCUCCGGCUCCGACAGGAUGCGGCACUCUUCUGGCCCGGUCACGUCCACACCGACGUCGACUCGUCUGAAUCUUCGUGCUUCGCAACCCUCCCGCCGACCCCCGCCCACGGGUGUUAAUUAAAGGUGCGAAGAGGAAGAAUGACUCUGCAGACGGGCAAGUGCUGCGACGGCGAACCGUUGGCCGGUUAUCUGAACGAAUACGACCCCGUGAUCAACGGUGCGCCUGCGGUCAACCAGCAGCGCGACAUUCUAGGUGACAACUUCUCCCCCGGCAGAAAGGACUGCGUCAACGUCAGAGAGAACCCUCUGAACAGACUCGACUCGGACAAAGCUCUGCAAGUGAAAAUGGGUAACAUAAGGGUACAGAUCAAAGACCCCGUAGUCUUGAAUCAAAGGACUCAUUUAGAACGUUAUCUCAUUUUUACCGUUGUUGUGUUGUUGGCUCUGUGUAUCGUUUUUAUAUACCUAACGUUCUCCAGAUCUCAAGGAAAACUGUCAGUAUGUUUAUCACCAGAAUGUGUCAAAACGGCUUCUUCGUUAUUGAGUAGCAUGGAUCAGACGGCAGAUCCGUGCACGGAUUUUUUCCAAUACGCCUGCGGAACUUGGAACAAGCGCCACGUUAUCCCAGAAGACAAGAGCAGCAUCAGCACUUUCGAAGUGAUGGCCGACGAUCUACAAGUUGUGCUAAAAGAUCUGUUGGAAGAACCCACCAACUCUUUCGAUAACAGUGCCACUAUCAAGGCCAAAACUUUUUAUCGUUCUUGCAUGGACAAACAUCACAUAGAUGCCAUAGGGGACGAACCCUUGAGAGACGUCAUAGACCGAUUGGGAGGAUGGCCGGUGACCAACAGCAAUUGGUCUGAAGGCUCGUGGACCGUCGAAAGGCUACUGGGCCAUUUGCGAGGUGAUUACAAUCAGGGGAUCAUUGUAGAGCAGUGGGUAGGACCCGAUGAUAAAAACUCGUCCGUUAAUAUUAUUCAGUUGUACGAAACUAAUUUCGGAUUGCCGAGCAGAGAUUAUUUUCUGAACGAGAACAGUGAAAGGGAAAGAAAAGCCUACCUACGUCUGAUGAUCGAAAUAGCCGUUUUAUUGGGAGCAGAAAGAGAAUACGCCGAACAAGAGAUGCAGGACGUUCUCGAUCUGGAGAUAAAACUGGCAAAUGCAAGUACAAAUGUCAAUUGCUUAUUGAAGGGACGUCGCGUUUGUCUGUCGCUUCUUAUCGAUUUGGCAGAAGCUUUAAAA